AUGGUGUCGCAUAGAGUCUUGGAAUUCGGAGACGAUGGCUACAAACUGCCUGCAAAGGCACGAGCUCCGAGAUCAGUCCGGAGGCGCAUUUACAAGAAGAAAACAUCAGAAGAUGAUGAUAAAAUGUGCGCCUUUGAGUUAUUGGCCACCGUAGCUGGAAGCUUGCUGCUGGAGGGCCAAACUUCGGGUGAAGAUAACUGUGUAGCUGUACAAAAUACUGUAAAGAAUGAAAUUCCGGCUGAAGAAACCCUUGUAAAGUCUCUACCUUUCUCUCAAGACAAUCCUGAUGAGGUGGAGGGAUUAAGUAACUUGGGUGGUGGUGACGUAAAGUCUGAUGUUGUUGUUAGUAUAGGUAGUAACAGUAGUACCGAGAUGGGAGCAUGUGGGAAUGGUGAUCCUCAUGGUUCUCGGGAUGAUGUAAAUUUGUAUAGUAGAGAUGAUGAUGAUAAUGAUGAAAAUUUCUCUGGAUACGUUCGACCUCGUGUGAGUAGGUCUGUGCCACGUAUUGGUGACAGAAGAAUCAGGAAGAUAUUGGCGUCUAGGCAUUGGAGAGGAGGUUCUAGGAACAAUGCAGUGCUUGCAGAUGCAAAGCCAUGGUAUUGCGGUAAUAGGAAUAAUUACUUGCGGCAUCAUCAGAGGAACUAUCCCAUCAAGAAAAGGAAAUACUUUGAAAACGUUUCCGAUUCGAAUUCUGAUGAUUACCAUUUGCAAGCAAAAGCUCAUAAAGGAAGCAGAACAGUAUCUUCCAUGAAAAGUCGAAAUGCGUCCUUUGUGUCAAGAGACCAUCAUGUGAGGCUGCGGAUCAAGUCUUUCAGGGUGCCUGAGCUCUUCAUAGAGAUUCCAGAAACUGCUACUGUUGGCUCCUUGAAGCGGAUGGUGAUGGAAGCAGUUACCACCAUACUAGGUGAUGGACUCCGAGUCGGGCUGAUGGUUCAAGGGAAGAAAGUUCGAGACGAUACCAAAACCCUUCUUCAGACUGGUAUCUCUGUGGAGAACACUCACUUGGACUCUCUAGGUUUCAGCCUUGAGCCUACCCCUCAACCAUUGCUAUCCAGUUACUUGUCAGAGCAAACAUGUGAUGAUUUGCCGUUAAGCCGCAACCUUUUGGUGGAAGACUCAGAACCAUCACCAGAAGGUGAUUCUAGAGCUUUGGUUCCCAUUGAAUCAGCUGUAGCGUUGGCUCCUCAGACUCCUAACCGUAAAUUCAAAAGGACUGAGCAGCAGCAGCAAGCUCAGCAUCGCAGAAUUCGUCGACCUUUCUCAGUUACUGAAGUAGAAGCACUCGUCCAAGCCGUUGAGAAACUCGGAACCGGAAGGUGGAGAGACGUCAAGGUUCUUGCUUUUGAGGACGCAGACCACCGUACCUAUGUUGAUCUCAAGGAUAAAUGGAAGACGCUGGUCCACACGGCGAGGAUAUCUCCACAGCAGCGGAGAGGAGAGCCAGUGCCACAGGAUCUUCUGGACCGUGUUCUCAAGACGCACGCUUACUGGUCACAACAUCAAGUUUAUCAACUGCAAAGCGAACCACCACAGUCUCAGGCAGAGGCUCUAAUCUAA